GACAAGGACGGGCGCAUCAUCUUCAGGUGUCGCGAGGUCCCCGGUGUCAGGUGGACCUGCAUGGGCGACGGCGGCGGUGGGCACUGUUGCUGGCUAUGCGGCGAGUGCGGCAAAGCAGUCAACGAACCAGAGCACUUCACGUCAACCGAGCACAUGAAACAGCGCAAGCAGACCCAGAUCGCCAAGCACAUGGACGGCUACCCACCCCACGGGCUACCUGACCCCCAAAGUUUCACAAAGGGAGGGGACCUGUGGGCCAUGACGCGGGGCAUAGAUGCACCGGAGAUCCCGAGGGCGCAAUGCCCAGGGUGGUGCUGGGACUGGGAGCUUGACGGGAAACAGUCCCCCAUCGACCCCUCUGUCUACGAGGCGGACUGGGACGCGAUGCCGAUUAGAUUUCCAACGUACUACGACGGACCAGGGCACUCUCCCCCGCUUGGACUGGUGAUCAGCAACGACAAAGUACAGCACCCCUGGACCAAGACCACCGGGCGUCGCAUACAGCUCGCCAGGAACGCCGAGGACCUCUACAGCGCCCCCUGGUACAUGGUCCCAAACGGCUCGGCAGCGCGCCCCUGCCUAGGACCAGUUCCAGGGGCAGUCCCGCUACCGACCGACUGGACUCGACGGCUGCAACUGCACCGCCAGGAGCUAAGGAGGGUCUUCUUUGCAGAGUUCUACGCGGACGCGGGGCCAUCCGACGACGGCUCCACCGCGUCCCGGCAGGUCAUCGCUAGCAAGACUACCUGCGCCCUAGACGUGCGUAUCCUCACCUGUUCCCAGCCAAGCGAGCAGUGCCGGGAUAUCCAGAGUAGGUACCACCUGCAAGAGCGGCUCAAAGGGCAACAACAGGGCCAAAACGAGUACUACCCGCUGGUUUGGGACACGAAGUGGGCCAUGGAGUGGACGGAGCGCGACAUGACGGCAGGCGCCCCGAACCCCUUCCUAAUUCCCAAGUCUUCGCCAACGGUGGAUUUCUUGGCAGAGAUGACCCACGUCUGGCCUCCUGCCCCCGGCGCCAGGGUCUCGGGCGCAGACCGGCGCUGCCCCGCGGGAAUCGCGCUGGUCCACUACGACGCCAAGAGGAACGGUCCCUUUCGCGACAACGACGACACAGUUCCAAGGCCAAGCCCGGGCCAACAAUACUACAGGGUCGAUCGCACCACGAGGAAGACCCAAUUCAACAGGGUGAACGCGGCGAUGCGGGAAUUCUUUUCAGUCGGGUGCGAUAGGGCGGCCCUCUGGGGCACUGCCCUCCCGCCCAUCGUUUGGGCGCUCGUUUUUCGGCGCGAGGACUGCGACAGCUGGGCCAGAGCCCUGGCCGUGCCGGCUCAGGGCGAAGCGGCAGAUCUCCUGCUGGCGCAGGCCUCGGUGACCCUGGAGCGCACCAUCGACGACCCCGACCAACGCAGCGCCAACCCGCGUGCGGGCACGCCCGCGCUGACGGCUCAGCAGGGGGAGGAUUCCCCGGGCAGCGUCUUCCAACGACUGUUGCCGGCUCCUAAGGAGGGACGCCUGGAGCACAUCUGUAACCUGCGCCGCGCCAACGACGCCCAACGACGCUGCGUGCUUGCGACCCAGAACUCUCUCCUUACCCUGUGCCGCGGGCCUCCCGGGACCAGGGAGACCAAGGUCGCGGCCUGCGUGGCGGACGCCUACAUGUCGUGCCUCCCCCCAGGGUGGGGCGUAGGGUGUUUUGGCGGCACCGACGGGUCCACGGACAACCUGGCAGAGCAAAUCGGAAAGAACCUGAACACAGCCAACAAAGACCUGUUCCCGCGCAUGGCCGUGCGCCUCGCACACGAGGACAAGGCAAAGGGCAGCGUAGCCAAAGCGAUUGCCCCCGCCGCCAAGUAUGCCAAUAUGUACAACGUAUCGGAGGACGAGGUCACCGCGGGGCACGCGAGCUGGUUCCGCAAGUUCCGAGCGGGGGCCGACCUCGGGGACAAGAAGUUCCUCAUAUGUCUCCUCGACGAGGCAGGACAGACGUCCGACCCCAUGGCCAUCAUGUCCCUGAGCCACGCU